AUGGUCAUCUUGCCAGGAUGGCCCGGUGUUCUCUUUCCUUUAGCUCAUUCCUUUAUGUACGGAGGCAUACAGCUCGCUGAAGCUAUGCUGCACCGGGUUGUCAGCCAGUUCUGGUCCAUGGGUUCGUUCAGAAGACCGGGUUUUGAACUUACAUGUGAAAAGUGUUCAUGUGUUUUUGCGCUGCACAAGUAUGUACUGUACAUACAUAUGCCGGACAAAAUGACAACGGACUCAAGGCUUUGCCUUCCAUGUUUCUGUUUCCCUCAUCUUGAUUUGUAUUUUUUUUGUGCGUGCAUGGCAGGUUUUGAACGGUGCCACGAGGGCCAGGGGGACAGGGGUAUCGGGCCAAAUUACCAGCUUUUUGGAGAUCUAUCUCGGCGGACUGGUGUCUCAGCGUCAUAGAAAAUAUUAACGCAGGGAGACUUGCGGAAGAGGA